AUGUCGACGAUUUUAUCGCGGCACCUCUCCCGCAAUGCGCGGCUCUGUACGCGCAUUCCCCUCCGAUGGAGUAGUUCCAUCUCCCAGCGGCCCGGCUCCGAUCGCGUCCGCUUUCCUGGGGCUGUCAACAGCAAAUUCACAACCGAUAUGACAUUCAUCACUCCCUCUGACCUUCCCAGCAUCCCCACCUACCGUAUUAUGGACUCCGACGGCGUCCUCCUGGAUAAGAAUCGGGGACCACCAGAUGUACCCAAGGAGGAGAUAGUAGCCUGGUAUAAAAACAUGCUGACAGUGAGCAUCAUGGAUGUGAUUAUGUUUGAGGCACAGAGACAAGGCCGUAUUAGUUUCUACAUGGUAUCAGCAGGAGAAGAAGGAAUCGGCGUCGGGACGGCGGCCGCUCUCACCCCCGACGAUGUGGUAUUUGCGCAGUACCGAGAAACAGGAGUUUAUCAGCAACGGGGAUUCACCCUGAAGGACUUCAUGAGCCAGCUAUUCGCCAAUAAAUACGACAGCGGUCGAGGCCGCAACAUGCCCUGUCAUUACGGUUCCAAAUACCCUCGCAUACACGCUAUCUCGUCCACGCUGGCGACUCAGAUCCCUCACGCGUCUGGGGCGGCCUACGCGCUGAAGAUGCAGACCUUACAGAACCCCGACAUCCCGCCUCGCAUCGUUGCGUGUUACUUUGGUGAAGGCGCCGCCAGCGAAGGUGAUUUCCAUGCGGGGUUGAACAUUGCGGCCACGCGUUCAUGCCCGGUGGUGUUCGUCUGCCGGAAUAAUGGAUAUGCUAUUUCCACUCCGACGCUUGAACAGUAUAGAGGCGACGGCAUCGCCAGUCGUGGCGUCGGAUACGGCAUCGACACGAUUCGAGUAGACGGGAACGAUAUUUUCGCAGUGUAUGAGGCCAUGCGGGAAGCGCGACGUGUCGCCCUUUCAGAUGGCGGAAAGCCGGUGCUCAUUGAAGCGAUGAGCUACCGUGUGUCCCACCACAGCACCAGUGACGAUAGCUUUGCCUAUCGGGCCCGUGUAGAGGUGGAGGACUGGAAGCGCCGGGACAACCCCAUCAUCCGGCUGCGGAAAUGGCUUGAAAACGAAGGCCUGUGGAAUGAGGACAUGGAGCGCGACACACGGGAGUCUCUGAGACGGGAGAUUUUGAAGGAGUUUGGAGACGCUGAGCGAGAGUUGAAGCCAGCUAUUCGCGAGGCGUUCGAAGGAGUCUACGAGGAGCUGACGGAAGAACAGCAAGAGCAGCUCCAAGAGUUGAAGCGCAUCCUCCAGACAUACCCCGAUGAGUACGAUCUACGUCAGCACGAGGGUGGGAUCAGUGGAGUGUAA